AUGAGCGAAUCGAGCUUCGUGCAAGCCCAACAACGGGUCGCCGCCCGCCGCCAGGCCCGCGAAGUGCAGGCCGCGGCCCGCAUCGCCGCCCAGCGCGAGGCAUCCCGCACGAGCGCCCAGCUGCAGCGGCUGCCGUUUCCCUUUAGCGGCCUCGCGCCGGCCUGGGACGCCCUGUCCUCGCGCGAGGGCACGCGGCCGGCGUUUCGCGUGGCGCAGGUCGACGCGGAGCUCCUCGACGACGAGCUCGUGGGCCUGCUCAAGGCGCAGGUGACCGAGGCGCUCAAGUACUUUGCGGGCGGCCACCUGCAGGACGACUGGACCGACGAGAUUGUGCUCGCGCUGCGCGCCGCGCUCUUCAAGCUGACCGUCUGGGACCACGACGCGACGUACGGCGCGGCGCUGCAGAACCUCCGGUACACCGACGCGCGGCGCGCGGGCCCCGUGCUGGUGCCGCCGUCGCGGGCGCAAAAGUCGCUCUACGGCCUCGUCAGCGUCGUGGGCAAGUACGCGUGGGGCAAGUGGGAGGCUUGGCUGGCCGAGCACGACGACGGGUACGACGAGCCGAGCCCGCGCGUGCGGCUGCUGUCGCGGUGGACGGCGCGCCUGACGACGGUGCACUCGGCGGCGGCGUGCGCGUCGUUUCUCGUGUUCCUGCUGCACGGCCGCUACCGCACGCUGCUGGACCGGGUGCUGCGCAUGCGGCUGGCGCCGCCGACCAGCCAGGUCAGCCGCGAGGUGUCGUUUGAGUACCUGAACCGGCAGCUUGUGUGGCACGCCUUUACCGAGUUUCUGCUGUUUGUGCUGCCGCUCAUUGGCAUCAACCGCUGGCGCCGCUGGCUGAGCCGCACGUGGCGCAAGACUAAGGAGAUUGUCAACACGAGUGCCGCGGAGGACGGCGGCGGUGGCGGCGGCGCCUCGGGCGAAUAUGGAUUCUUGCCGGAGCGGACGUGUGCCAUUUGCUACCAGGACCAGAAUGAUGCGACUACGGAAAAUGAGAUUAUGGCGGCGGCGGCGUCGAGCGGCGUCGUCGGCUCGGCGCAGACGGACGUGACGAACCCUUACGAAACGAUUCCCUGCGGCUGCGUCUACUGCUUCGUGUGCCUGGCGACGCGUCUCGAGCGAGAAGAGGGCGAAGGCAUUACGUGCUUGCGGUGCGGCGAGCACGUCAAGGAGUGCCGGCCGUGGGACGGCGACGUCGUGGAGCCGGCUGGGUCGAGGCCGGGAGGGCACAAGACGGUGGCCUUUACAGACGACGUGACUGGUGGCAUGGACGAGGAAGAAGUUGAGGAAUAA